AGCCAAAAUCCCUAUUCCCAACUUAUAAAGCCCUGAAAUUUCUCAGCAGUUUUUGACACCCCCAACUCAGCCAAUGAAUGUGAUGAAUAAUACUGAUUGGGAAAUCAUUCACAUCCCAGACAACCCACCUGACUCGCUGCACCACCAAUCCACCGUGGAUGUCUUUGCCUGUGAUAUUGAACCAAAAAUUGCUAACACUCUCGUAAGGAAGUUAAAUCAAAUCUGUCCUCUAGAAAAUCUUCGCCAUGUGAAGCGGGUGCGCAAAAAGUGUCUCCAAGGAGGAAAAACGCAGUUAUCAGUAAUCUUAUGUCUCACUUCUGAAAGUGACAAUCAACGGGACAGCAUGCCAGAUGACGUAGUCAAGCUGAUCAAUUCCUACCAGUUGAAUGUUUUCAUCACGCAAGUAUGCAAAUAUGCUGCAUCAUCAAACGAAGAGUGGAAAGAAAAAUGCAAGCUGUGGCCAAUAUCAUAUCAUCCGCCUACCUACAACAUUGACGGGAUUACCGGAUUCAAUGAAGAGGACUCCCAAUCAAUUUUAAGCUUCAUGAUGUUUUCUAUUGACUUGGCAAAAUCUGGUGAUUGUCAGGUCGGCAAUGCUGCAGUUAUAGUUGAUCCUUCAGUUAAGGGGGUAAUUGCAAGUGCACGCGAUCAAAUCCAUUCUUGGAAUACUCCUAUGAACAAGACCAUUGUGGAAACAAGCUGCCUUGAAAAGCCAGAAGUCUUUACUUCUUGUCCGGUUUCCAAUGGAGUAGCAAGCCAUAAUACUCUGCUCUCAAAUUGUUUAUCAGAGGGACGUGAACAGUUGUACACCAGUGUAUCUUGUUUAUAUCCUUGGCAGUGGGCUGAGCAACAAUUACAUUUAGAUUCUUGUUACAGGCACCCUUUACGACAUGCUGCUAUUAUAGCUAUUGAAUAUUCUGCUGCGAGGGAUAGACGCCUUUUCCCGGGUUUGGAACAUAUUGGAGAUAAGUCAUUUCAAGUGGAUCACUUGUCUUCUCCGGCAGGCUCUCCGGCAAAAAGACAGAAGCCCAAUCAUGCAAAUGUUGAGGAUGAAGAAAAUGUGGAUACAGAAGGUUUUUCGUCCAAGAUAGCCAGACCUUAUCUGUGUACUGGUUAUGACAUCUACCUUGUUUGGGAACCAUGUCCAAUGUGUGCUAUGGCACUUGUCCAUCAAAGAAUCAGGCGUAUCUUUUAUGCUUUCCCAAACCCAAAUGCUGGUGCAUUGGGAAGUGUUUACAGAUUACAAGGGGAGAAAAGCUUAAAUCAUCACUAUGCCGUCUUUAGGGUCAGGUUGCCUGAAGAAGUCCUUAAAAGGGAUGAAGCUUCUGUUUCAACAUAUGCCAAUGGUCAGAAUACAGCUAUUUUUUGAAAGUAAAAGUCCAUAGAUGGCUAAGUAUGCCUUUCAACCAAUAGGCUCUAUCCUAAAUGGUAUAAGCUCUCCCUCCCCUAAGGGGAGGUUGAGUGUCGACCUUGGUGGGGGCAAAAUAUGGGGGUGCUUGUUCGCUUUGCCAUUCGAAAAAAAUAAUAAUAAUAAUAAAAAAUAAAAAAGGUAUGCCUUUCAGCAUUGAAUAGAAGAUUUCCUCUGUACUUGACAUCUUUUCCCUUCAAAUUGGAUCUGCAAUUUUUUGCCGCUGCAUUGUAAUAUGAUUAAUAUGUUGCUGAAGGAAUACUGAAAACAUUGUUGGUAACAUCCGUGUUCAAAAGGUAUAUCCUUUUUGUUAUA